AUGACCACAAACAACACAAUGGAGGCCUCACAAGACCCUAACCCCAACAUCUCGUUAUUAAACGUGAUUAACAUCACCUUAGAAAUGCCGAUAACGUACGCCCUGCCGCUGUACGGGUACGUGAUGCCCUUCAUGCUGCUGAUAACGAUGAUAGCGAACACGCUGAUAGUGGUGGUGCUGAGCAAAAGGCACAUGAGGACCCCCACGAACGUGGUGCUCAUGGCGAUGGCGCUCUGCGACAUGUUCACGCUGCUGGUGCCGGCCCCUUGGCUGAUCUACAUGUACACGCUGGGCAAUCACUACAAGCCCCUGUGGCCCACCAGCCUUUGCUACGCCUGGAAUUUGAUGCACGAGAUAAUCCCUUGCGUAUUCCAUACUUCAAGUAUCUGGCUAACGUUGGGACUGGCUAUUCAAAGGUACAUCUACGUCUGUCACGCCCCGCUGGCGAGGAAAUUCUGCACGUUGCCGAACGUGUACAAGAGCAUAUCCGGUGUACUUUUCAUGGCCGCUCUACAUCAAGUGCUCAGAUUAUUCGAUACGGAAUACGCCACAAUCGACAUCUUGUGGAACAACACGACGACUUCUGUAUGCAUCAGAAGACGAGCAGAAUGGAUAAACGAAUACAUCAAUGAAGACGGUUAUUUCAUAACAUAUUUCCUAUUCCGCAUACUCUUCGUGCAUCUGCUCCCUUGCGUGUCGCUGGUCAUCCUGAAUCUCCUCCUCUUCAGAGCCCUUCGGCAGGCGCAGCAACGCCGAGACAUACUCCUCUCUUCCAAGAAGAACCAGAAGAACGAAUGUAAAAAAUUGCGCGACUCGAAUUGCACCACGCUGAUGCUCAUCGUGGUAGUAACGGUCUUUCUGAUCGUCGAAAUACCCUUGGUCGUCGUCACCAUUUUGCAUAUCAUUUCCAGCACGUUCGGGGAAUUUUUGAACUACGACAUGGCCAACACGCUGAUAUUGUUCACCAACUUCUUCAUCAUCUUGAGCUACCCCAUCAAUUUCGCCAUCUAUUGCGGCAUGUCGAGGCAGUUCAGGGAAACGUUCAAGGAUUUGUUCGUGAAGCAGGUGCCGAACGCCAGGAACGGCUCGUCGAGGUACUCGAUUGUAAACGGGCCGAGAACGUGCACCAACGAAACCGUGCUGUAG